UCGCCCGCCGCCCGAGACGCAGGUGUUCCAUUCCCCAAGGGGCAUCCACUGAUCUUCAUGUACCUGUUGGCUGUCAUCUGUCACCUUGGCAGACUGCACGCUCCCACUGGCUCCUCCCUCUCUGCUUGAUUCUCUGUAGUGUUUGCCACUUUCCAACACACUAGGUAAUUUACGUGCUUCCCAUAUUUACUGUUCCUAUCUUUGUUGGGAUGUAGGCUGUGGGGAUUUGUGUGUGGUGCUUGGUCAGAAUUCUCCAGCUGUGCUGCCCAGCACAGGAAACCACUGGCCACACUUGGUUAAAAUGAACUACAAUUAGAACUUUGGGUCCUCGGUCAGAUGUACUGCCUUUCCAGUGUCAGUGGCCUUGAGUGGACACUGGCUGCCGUGCUGGGCAUGGUCAUCUUAGGUCAGGCCUGCCUGGCCAUGAGCCGGCUUCAUCCCCCUCAUCUGAAUACCUCAGACAUGCCUCUCAGUCCUCCCUCGGUUGGUCUUUGAAGAUGGGCUCUUCCUUCCUGGCUCCCUCUCUUUCCUGAAUUAACUGAACAGUUUAUAGAAAUGCAGUUACAGAAAAACUUGAAGUGUGCAAAUGGUACGAGUUGGAUAUAAAGGAAAGUCAUUUCUGGACCAGUUGUUUCCAAGUUGUAUCUAAUCACUGUCCUUAAGCCACAAACACCCUGUGUCCUCUUGCGGCUCUGAUGCUGUCAGAGUUAUGCUGCAGGUGAUGUUUCAAGCUCUUUUCCAGUGAUGCCUAUUCUCAGGUGGAUAGAGCUCUGGACAGAACCUCAAGACAAUAUCAGGGAACUCUCAGCCAGGCCUCUGGGCACUCUUGAGGCACAGUUGCCACUUCAUGCCCAAGCUGAGAAGUGGUAGAGGCCCCAUGUCAUCCUGCCAGGGUUGCUCCAGUCCCACCAUGUAUGUUGUGCUCACCAUUGUCAGACUCCUGAGCUCAGCACAGGCACAGUGCCCAUGUGGUCCUCAGUGCCCACUCAUUGAGUGGGUGGCAAGUCUGUGACCAGGAGAGAUGGCAGCUCAGUCUGGAUCCAAGGACGCAAGAAUCACAGACAGCACAUGAAGUAAAUAACAAAGUUCACUGCUCACUGUCCCUCCCCUGAGGCCCCCACAGGUCACCCUUAAAAUUCACCACCUCCCUAAGGGUUUCCACAUACUCUUGUCCUGCCUUCUUGAGCCCCAGAGCCGUAUGACAGAGCCUCUGCCUCCCUCCCUCACCCCCACAAGCUGUGUCUCUGCUCUGGGCUGGGCUCGGUGAUUCCUAGAUAUGUCUUUUUGGUAGAACCCCCUCCUUCACCAUCAUAAUUCUCACUUUGGAUUGUUUAAGCAAGUAAACAAGCAGAUCUGCUUAACUGAGCAAGCCUCAGAGUUUCUGGAAGGUGGACCCAGCAUGGGCUGGGUCUGCAUCCCGUGUCCUCUUGUGGUGACAUCAUCUCUGCUUCUCUGUAGGCUUCACGAUGUAGCCGGGAAUCCAGGCUCUCAUUUGCAGAAAAUGGAAACAGAGCAAGGGCUAGAAGGAAGGUGCAGAAGCAAACCAGAGUGCAGAGUGAGGAGGGAUCAUCGCAUCCUCAUGGUGGCCUGAAACCUCCAUGCCACGGCGUGAGGGGGGACACGCAGACGUCAGAGGAGAAGCCAAAGAUGUUGACCAGGAAGAUUAAGCUCUGGGACAUAAAUGCCCACAUCACCUGCCGCCUGUGCAGCGGCUACCUCAUCGAUGCGACCACAGUGACCGAGUGUCUGCACACAUUCUGCAGGAGCUGCCUGGUAAAGUACCUGGAGGAGAACAACACCUGCCCCACAUGCAGGAUCGUGAUCCAUCAGAGCCAUCCACUGCAGUACAUUGGUCAUGACAGGACCAUGCAGGACAUUGUUUACAAGUUGGUGCCGGGCCUUCAGGAAGCGGAAAUGAGGAAGCAGAGGGAAUUCUAUCACAAGCUGGGCAUGGAGGUGCCGGGUGACAUCAAGGGGGAGGCAUGCUCCACGAAACAACAUUUAGAUCCCCGAAAUGGUGAAACCAAAGCAGAUGACAGUUCAAACAAAGAGACAGCAGAAGAGAAGCAGGAAGAGGACAACGAUUAUCACAGAAGCGACGAGCAGGUGAGCAUCUGUCUGGAAUGCAACAGCAGUAAACUCCGGGGCCUGAAGCGGAAAUGGAUUCGAUGUUCAGCCCAGGCAACAGUUCUGCACCUGAAGAAGUUCAUCGCCAAGAAGCUCAACCUCUCCUCCUUUAAUGAGCUGGACAUUUUAUGCAAUGAGGAGAUCCUGGGCAAGGAUCACACCCUCAAGUUCGUGGUUGUCACCAGGUGGAGAUUCAAGAAGGCACCCCUCCUGCUGCACUACAGACCCAAGAUGGACUUGCUGUGACCCGGCCAGACUUGGCUGCGCUCCGGGCUCCACGCGGCAACCCUGCCGUGGAAUGUCACCUCUGGGUGCCAUGUGGACCAGAUUUCUGAAUAGAGGAUAUUUAUAACUUUUGUACGAGAGAAUCCACGCCCAACAAGACACUACCAGCACGCGUUUACAGAGGAUGGAAACACUUUGCAGUUCCGUGUGGCCAGACGUGCUCCUCUCUGCUUCAGAUCCAUGGGCCAGAGAAUUAAGUGUAGUGUGGCAACGCUUCCAAGUCACCUCUGACACAGAGCACCUUUGCUUGCUUUCCUGCCUUGAGAAUCUGAGUUCAUUUCAGUUUAGUUCAUGGGUUGGGUUUCAUGCUAAGCCUCAAAAAUACUUGUACUUUUAUUGAGUCCUUCCUAAGUUAUUGAAAAAGUCUUUUCAUGGUAAAUGAUAUUUAUGUUGCCUUUACCUUCCUGAAGACUUUAGAAGAUAUAUAAAAAUUUAAUUUAAAAGCAUACCCAAAGAGGCUUGCAGUAAUGCUAUGAUUUAACCACGGUGUUUGUUUUUCCAUCUUGUAGAGCACAGCAGAGGCCCACUCCCAAGCUCAUGGCCUGUGCUGUGUGUCCUGGGCUGGCCGGCCCAGGCCAGGCAAGACAGGGUUCCUUAAUUACCCUAGACUUCACACUGCGAUUCCAGCACACUCAGCAGGGUAGACCAGAGCUGGUUUGGCCAGCAUAGCGCUAGCUUGCAGAAAAGUUCUUGUUUUAGAAGUUGCUUUUAUUGAAAAGGGGCACAAAUUCCUGGGUGCCAUCACUUGUGUUCCUGGCUUUCCUUUGUUUUCGUUCUGCGUGAGCUGUGGUGAUGGCUGUUGGGUGCUUGUCAGAAAGCACCCGGCCUGCAGGGAGGCCUGAUGAAGGCUGCAGGUAUGUUUGCCUGCAGGAAGGGUGCCUUUUGCAAGACAGAGACGGCUCCAUGUUCCCAUGGCAGGUGUUUCCAGGCUCGCCCUCCUGCUGGUGGGGAUGGUGCAUGUGCUUUGUGGCCCUUGUCCACAAAAGGUGGCCUUGGAGUCACACUUUGUGGGACUGGGCCAGGCAGGCCGAACUGCUCAGGAAACUGCUCCGCCCAGCAGAAGUUGCUUUUUUUGGUCACAAGCAGGAUGCUCUUUGUUAACUCUUCUCUCCUCCCAAAUGUAAUUUUUUUUUUUUUAUUGAAUUAGAGAAUAAACUCUUUGCCAGCACAUAAACACUUGUUACCUUAAGGCAGAGAUGGAGUUUUGUAAGGCAGGAGUGAGGGGAAUGGGCCGUUUCCAAGGUGGUUGAAGUGCUGUCCUGGGUCCCCUGGGAACCUGUGCUGGGUGUCUGCUACUUCUUGCUGAACUUUGGGCCCCUCCCUCCUUCCUUUCUCAGGCCCUGUGGGAUGAGCCCAAUGGUUACCCCAGUGGGUCCUUCUAAGCCACUGCCUACCAGCUCUUGCUGGGUAGAUGAGGCUCUCAGUGUGUCCAUGAGUCUUCACCUUAGCAACUGGAAUUUCUUCUUGAAUUUGCUUUGACAGCUGUGGCUGGGCUCGGUGACAACCAGUUUUGUUUUCUUCUGCUUACUUUUCACAUACACAAAAUGUCAAGCAGCAACUGAGACCUAAUGUUAGUGAUGAGGAAACAGCCAAAUUAACUCAUCCAAGCAAUCUUCAAUGUGAGGCCUUUUUUAAAACACAAAAAACAAGCUCUUUGUUAGGAAUUGGUCAAAAUUCACCUCUUUAUUUAAGUCCAGGACUAUUUGGAUGACUCAGUUUCCUGAGGACACUGUUCAUCCAGAUUGUUUCUGGAGUUCCUAUUCAAGGGUUUAUGAGUAAAUAUUACCUGUCUACCUCAGCACACACUACAGAAGCAUCCUGCAUGACCAUGUUCUUUCUCACAGUGCAGCUGAAGUGUAUGUAACAUUAGGAUUUAGGUGUUUUCCUGUGUGGUGAAGCUAAAGAAAGAUUAAACAGUUAGGAGCCUCCAAAUUCAAAUAAAGCUAAUUCACAGUUCAGAUCAAACUUAGUAUCGCUGUAUAAUCUCAUGACAUACAUUUGUAACUUUGUAGCUACCUUUGGAAUCACUUGACUUUGCUAUGGUGCUAAGUUGAUAGAUAGAAGUGUACAGCGAGGCAGACGUCACAGUUGGCACAACGUCCGGCCGGGCGCCGCCCCACAGCCCUGCUUCUGUCACCACGUUAACCUGAGAAACCUCAGCAGCAAAAGUCCUAUUUUUCUAGGCUCCAUCGCACACCAGUCUGCAUUGCAGGCGUCUCCCGGUGCGCUCUGCCCUUAGGUCUGACCUGUAGCCUUACCUCGCUCAGACACAUACAGAGUUAACCUGCAUCAAAUGGAAGCUUCCGGCCACCUCGUUUCACCCCUGUCAAGCUCCAAAUGACAUCAAAGGCUGAAUUUUGUUUUCCAGCACGAUCACCAGGAUUGUUAGCAAUUGGUCCUGUUGAAAGUCCCAGCAGGCUGAGCUUCUGCGAAGUCGUUUUCACAGCUGCCGUGCGGGAAACUGGGUGCUGUCAGGCGACCUUCUGCAAUGGUCGGCAGCAGCGGGACCAGCCUCCCAGCACCAGGUCUCUCCAGACACCAUUUUCACAAAAAUAGAAUACUCAGAUAGAAUAUAUAAUAUUGAAUUUAAGAUUUGGGGGGUUAAAAAAAGAAAACUUUAUAAAAUUAUUUAUUCUAUUUUAAGCCUUCUAUCAUAUUUUCCCAUCCAAUUGUUUGGUUUCCGUGGUCCAGCUUUAUUUACAGGCAUAUAAGAUGAAAUUGUGAGAUGUUUUGCAAGCUUCUUUUACUUUGCAUAGCCUUCAGUUCAUAUGUUUUUUUAUAGGGAUGAAGAGCAUUUCUAUGUUUUUGUGCAAUAGGUUCCAACAUGCAUUUAUUAGAUGUGUUUAAAUUGUGAUCUAGCAUCGAUUCUGCCAAACUGAAAGGGACUGUAGGUGGAAUUUCAAAAUGCGUACAUUCGGCUGUUUGGUUUUCCUUCUUCGUCUUUAUUAUUGUAAGAAUGCCGUUGUGGGGACUGUGUGUCCAUGUGGGGAAUACCUGCUAGCAAUAUUCAGAAACCAGCAGCUGGGCAGGAAGUGAUGAGACUGUCACCAUGCCAGGCUCACAGCCAUAGAGGCCCCCCCAGGUCCUGGUGCCCUGGAGCCUUUGUACUUGCAGUUCAGCCACCCCAGCGGUUGGGAUCACGUUCUCAACCCCACAGACCUGUCAGUGCUGCUCUUCACAGCUGGCUCUGAGGCCUGCCUUGGCACCAAAGUCCUGGAGUUUUUCAUUUCUGAGGGCACACAGGAUGGCAUUUCACAGUGCUCUGGAAUGUGUCCUUGGAUAGAAUGUUCUAGGAACACACAGCUGAUUGCUACAUUGUAUGUGGGUAUUGAAUGUGCUUUCAAAACAUUAAAAAUAAAUUCUGUGCAGAUUGCUAAAUCACACAUACAAAAAUAAUUUCUGUUUCCUCAGGAAAUCAUUUAAGCCCCAUCACAUCACAUGACCUUAUAUGAAAACAAAUGUACUUCACCUUGAUACUGAAGCACACACAUGAACAGGCUGUGAUGCGUAGAUUAGAAAACCAGCACUUGAAGUGUACCACAAGCUGCACACAUGUCACUGUCCUGCCAGGCAAGACCAGUGCGGCUCCCAUAGGGAACACACUGAGGGGCUGAGCUGCCUUGCCCGGUGUCCCUGCUGGGGGUGUGAUUCACACCCAUCCACGAGCGCUUUUUGAAGUGGACUGAAGGGUGUCCCUGAGGUAUGUGUGUGAAGCGCUAGCAUAAGCAUCUGUUCCUGCUCUCAACUGGGUACUGGACAUGUUUUUCCCAAGUAAAAGUAGUGUCAGGUUCAAGACAGCAGCCCCACCCUGAGCCCUGGGGUGCGGCAAACCGGAAAGCUGUCACACAUGGAAAUGAUGGUGCAGAUACAGGUUUUUUACUGUUUAAUUUGAAAGUUUACAUUUUUUAUGCUUGUGUUGGUGUGUAAUUUUUGUACCAUCAGUGGCUAGUUUUUGUCUAAAAUCUUUUUUGGAUUAUUGCUUAAUGUUUUGAUUUUAUGAUAGUGAAGCUUGUAUUCAGUGUUUUGCCAACUAAUAUUAUAUGCUUGUAAU